AUGGGCAUGGAACUUCAACCCCCGACUUGUGUAGACCACUAUGCAGAUCUGGGAGUAUCCCCAGACGCAAGCACGCAAGAAAUCCGGCGCGCAUUCUACAAAUUGGCCAAAGAAACACAUCCAGACAAGAACAACAACGAGAGCACGCACACCCCUAGAUUCCGCAAGGCGCAAGAAGCAUACGAAUGUCUAAGCGACGCAACGCGCCGGCAGGUCUACGACCUCUCGUACCCCAGCAUCCGCGCAGAAUGGGCGCACUACCACCGCCACACCUCUGCCCAUGACAUUCACAACACCAACGCGAAUGAACCCUGGACGACAAAUUGGUCGCACCUGUCAGAAGAAGAGCGGCGGUACGAGGCGCAGAGGCAGCGGAUCGAGGACUUCCGGCGCAGAAUGGAGGACUCGUUGAAGAGGAUGCAGGAGAGCCGGCGCAUGAUGGAGGACAACAGGCGCAAGAUGGCGGGCUGCAAUCGCACCAUUGAUGAUUUCUUCACGAGGUGGCAGAGCUUGCAGUUCCCGUUUAUGGGGGCCAUGAGGUUAUAG